AUGGCCAGCCAGGACAUUCGAAGCGGAGCGAGGAGGAGCUCGAGGGUAUCUAGCGGUCGCGAACUCAAGCUACCCCCCUCCUACACUGUUGACGGGAGAACGUACACGGCAGGCCCCGAGAUGCGCCCGCGCAGCCAUACGAUAUCAGCGGAAGCGAGCCGAAUCCCACUGAAUCCACUGAGCCUACCUAGCUCUCCGAGCCGGCAACCCGUAGUGACCACUAUCAAGCCACGGUCUCAGACCAUCUAUCCCACCCCAUCGCGAGAUGGUGGUGAGCGUUAUAUAACCCCUUCAUCGUCUCAUUCUCGGCAUAGGCAACCGAGUGGGCCACUGGGAGGAGAGCCCGAUACGAUAGUGCCUUCUGGGGAGCGUGAGCUCAAGUACAGGAAUGGGUAUCUGACUCCCGCCGGAAAUUCAGGGUUCCCAAGCCCUAACCGGGAUUCCAGCUACAAAGAUAUCGAUGUUCAUGAUUCAUUCAGCUAUACCAACGCUCGAGAACAGUUUUAUAGAGACUCUGAUGCCAUUCGAGAAUCCCGUCGACAAGUCCCCGCUGUCAGAAAGGCAAGGCCCUUGAGUUUGACCGGGUUGGAAGCUUACCUUCCACAAGUCACUCGGGACCCAAAGGCUGCUGGGCCUCCGCCAUCAUCUCGGCGAUUCCUAGCGCCUGAGAGAGAAGACGCGCCUCGCAAUUACAGAGAGAUAAAGCCGCGGGACCUGGAUGCUGACACAACCAGGAACAACUCUACAGUUUCUCGAGCUUCUGACAACGUCCGGCAGAACAGCUCCCUUCGCAACCCAGUAUCUUUACACCAGGACAGAACUACGUCACCAUCACCCGCCCCUCCUGGCCCACGUCGCUCCGGCUAUGAUAAUUCAGUUGACAAAGGGUAUCAGAUACGGAGAGAUGCGAACAACAACGUGAUUGUUGAUGAUAAACCCGAAACUGCUCGGCGUGACCGACGACUAAGCGUUUCUGGUCAGACUCCGAACCGAGAUCGAGGAUAUUCUACCGGCCGGGCUCCGGAUGGAAUGACAAGUGGUGGCCUCGCAACUGCUGGCCUUGCCAGUGGAUAUUCUAAUGAACCCAUGGACGCACACCCACGGUCUGAGGCUCGGAGCGGGCGAGAUCGGUCCGACUAUCCCAGCCGCCCUGAAGAUAAAUAUAAACCCUCCAGGAACUGGCCUCAGGAUACAAAUGAUGGCUACUAUUCGGACGGAGCUAGGGGAAAUCACCAAUAUAAGCCAUCAUCAUCCUCUCGGGAGACUGAACGGCGCCCCAGGGCUCCAUCACCUGUUGACUCGGACUCGAAGCGGUCAAUCAACUCCUCACGUCAUGAAAAUUACGAAAGAGUAGCUCCAAGGGAAUCGAACUCUUCUGCAAAGAGAUCGCCUCCUCCGGCCAGUGGAACGAGCCCAGAUACCCAAGCGCCCCGAGGGAUUCUAAAACAACCCACUGAGAAAUUCCCUGAGGAGCCCCAUGCUGUCCGAGAAGGCGUGGCGCCUUUGAAGGAUGCGCCGAAGAAAGGCGUACCAGCUGGUGCCCGCUGGACCAAGAUCGACAGAAGGCUAGUCAGCCCAUCUGCUCUUGAAGGACGAGAAAGGUUUGAAGAACGACCGGACUACGUGAUUGUGCUUCGAGUUCUGUCCAGAGAAGAAAUCGAGGAGUACGCACUUUCGUCGGCUAAGAUACGAGGUGAGUCUUGAUGAUUGGAACUGCGAGUUGCUGUGGUUUGACGAUACUAUGGAAGCUGAUGGUGGGUGUCUAGCUUCACGAACCCGACGAAUCUCAGAUCGUAAAUCCCGAGACGAAGAUGAUACUCGAGCUCGCGGACGUGAUUCCGACAGCGAUGAUGAAGACGACCACAGCUCAUCCCAGCUGCGACUCGAGCCACCGCCACGAGACCCCAGACGAUGACGAACGUGAGCCGUACCGCACAUGUCCGUCAUUAACUCCCCUCAUCUAGUUUCUACAAUCUCUCACACUUCGCAGAGCCAUGCCUUUGUCUGAUUUCCUCGCAUCUAAUGAUUGUUUGUUGACUUAUGAAUACCAAGCUACUAAAUAAAAAAAAAAAAAAAAAAAAAAGGAAGAAAAAAAAAAUAUUUUCUUGCUUUGUUUUUGACGAAUACUUAGCCAUUCAUUGAGAGCGUAGAGUAUUUCUCUCGUUCAAAUAGCUGUUUGGUGAUGUCGACGUUUGAUGAGUUCUCAAUAUGCGGGAUGUGGGGCGGC